CUCCACAUUUGAAGCUCCAUUUCUGAAACAGAGUUUGUGAUUGUUCCUUCUCUACACCAUUUUCCUUUUGAUAUCUGUCAUGUUUCUAGUUCUUCUGAAGUGAAACCAAGAUCAUCUAGAGUAACCUCUGUCAUUGAACUGAGCUCAAAAUCUGCAGUUUUUGGUGUAGUUGGGUUAAUCUUAGAACAGAAAUGGCAGAGGAUUGGAAGCAAACAGCUCUUCUUGUCAUCGACAUGCAGAAAGAUUUCAUAGAAGAUUGGAGUCCUGUGGCACUAAAAGCAGGGAAAGACAUUGUUCCAAAUGUGGUUAAGGCCGUCGAUAUUGCAAGGGAGCGUGGCAUGCUCAUAGUUUGGGUAGUACGAGAAAACGAUCCGUUAGGAAGAGAUGUUGAGCUUUUUCGGAGGCAUUAUUAUACAGAGAAGAAAGUAAAAAUAGGGUGUAAAGGAAGUGAAGGUGCAACAUUGGUUGAUGGGUUGGUAAUCAAAGAAGAGGAUUAUAAACUUGUGAAAACCAGGUUCAGUGCAUUCUUUGCUACACACCUUCAUUCGGUUCUUCAUGCUGCAGGAAUUCAUAAUUUGGUGAUCACUGGAAUUCAAACUCCAAAUUGCAUCAGACAAACUGUGUUUGAUGCUGUAGCGUUGGACUAUCCAAAAGUGACUGUUAUUGUUGAUGCUACUGCAGCAGCCACACCAGAUGUUCAUCAAGCGAAUUUGUUUGACAUGGAAAAUGUUGGAGUUGCAACCCCAACUUUACAAGAAUGGAGUGAAGCCAAAGCUUGAUCUAUAGAC